AUGUCAAGAUUUCUUAUCUUUAGAAUCGUUGGAAAACAAACGCAAUCUCUUCAGAAAGAGAGAGGAUCCCAAUGGGGAAGCUAUAGAACUGCUUUUACAGUUGCUCUAAGGUCGCCUCAAUUCAGAGUUUACUCUUCCUCCGCUAGAAUUCCCAUUAAAGGACAUUGUACAUUAGCCCUUCGAGAUGUUAAAGGAAGCCUUUUGAGUAAUUAUCUCUCACGAAGUUAUUCUACUGCCUCUGCAAGAAAUGUAGUUACUCGUCAUGCGCAAGUUGCUUGGAAAAGGCUUCAUCAUAAGUAUUCUAUGCGUCAAUGGAGCUUACCUCGUAUAAGUACUAUUGCUCAAGCUUUUAGCUUGUCUCUUACCCGUUCACACUUGUUAAUGCCUGGGAUACUUGCUUUGACCUGUGGACAAGUAGCAUAUGCGCAAAGAGCUCCAAGUUCGGCGAUAGAUCACUAUACGAGGGCAAAGAAUGGUCCUAUCUUUAUCUCGUCGUUAUUGUUUUCGGUUAUAGAGGGUUUCAUUUUGAUUUGGAGGGCGUUUUAUAUAGCUUGUUUGUUUACUCCUACUGUGCUGAUGGGGAUGGUUGUGGAAGUAGGUGGUCCUCGUUUUAGGAAAAUAUGGCUUGAGAUGAUACAUCGAACUCUGGAGAGAGCAGGUGCUGCUUUCAUCAAAUGGGGUCAAUGGGCAGCGACGAGACCAGAUCUCUUUCCCAAGGAUUUGUGUUCACAGCUCUCGAAGCUUCACAGUGACGCUCCUCAGCAUAGUUUUGCCUACACUAAGAAAACUAUAGAGAAGGCAUUUGGUCGUAAACUGUCUGAGAUAUUUGAGGAGUUUGAAGAGGCGCCAGUGGCAUCAGGUAGUAUUGCCCAAGUACAUAGAGCUUCUUUGAGGUUUCAGUAUCCAGGACAAAAGUCCAAGUCUUCGCUUGUUGCUGUUAAAGUUAGACAUCCGGGUGUUGGUGAAUCGAUUAGGAGAGAUUUCGUGAUCAUUAAUCUGGUGGCAAAGAUAUCUACUUUGAUUCCAGCUUUGAAAUGGUUGAGAUUGGACGAGAGCGUGCAGCAGUUUGGUGUCUUCAUGUUGUCUCAAGUUGAUCUCGCGAGGGAAGCUUCUCAUUUGAGCCGGUUUAUAUAUAACUUCCGGAGAUGGAAAGAUGUCUCUUUUCCUAAACCUGUGUAUCCGCUUGUACAUCCUGCUGUUUUGGUUGAGACAUAUGAGCACGGAGAAAGCGUGGCACGUUACGUUGAUGGCAUGGAAGGACAUGAAUGGAUCAAGACUAGAUUGGCUCACAUCGGGACUCAUGCCCUCUUGAAGAUGCUCCUGGUUGAUAACUUUAUUCACGCUGACAUGCAUCCGGGAAACAUCCUUGUCCGGAAAAAGGCUUCCCGAGGAGGACUGUUCAAGACGAAGAAGCCACACAUCGUUUUCCUUGACGUGGGAAUGACUGCAGAGCUCUCAAAGAACGACCGAGAGAACUUACUUGAGUUUUUCAAGGCGGUUGCGCUUAGGGAUGGCCGGACUGCUGCUCUGAGAACACUUAAAUUAUCAAGAAAGCAAAAUUGUCCCAAUCCAGAAGCUUUUAUCGAGGAAGUAGAAGAAGCAUUCAAAUUCUGGGGAACCCCUGAGGGAGAUUUAGUACAUCCAGCAGAUUGCAUGCACGAAUUACUUGAGAAAGUAAGACGUCAUAGAGUUAAUGUUGACGGAAAUGUAUGCACCGUGAUGGUCACAACAUUAGUUCUCGAGGGUUGGCAACGGAAGCUCGAUCCAGGAUACGAUGUGAUGCACACGCUGCAAACAAUGGUGCUGAAAACCGACUGGGCUAAGUCUCUUUCUUACACGGUGGAUGGUCUGAUGGCGCCGUAG